UGCCCCGCGCGUUUUCUUCCUUCCCUUCUUCCUUCCUGCAGCCUCGGCCCUUCUGCCGUUAAAAAGGAAGAUGAGAAGCCGCGGCAGCAGCCCGCUGACACCGACACCGAACCGGGACCGAGUCUGACUUCCAGCGGAAUGGCGGCGGAGUGGCUGCCAACGGACCGACGCCCCGGCGCAGCCGCUGUUUCCCGGCCUUGAACCCGUCGCGAGCGCCGCUGGAGUCCCGGAGCUGCGGAGCCUGCCGGGCCGGGCCGGGCCGAACUGAGCCGUGCUGAGCCGUGCUAACCGUAUCCCGCCCGCCGUGCUAACGAUGCCCAGCUAACGUUAUAGCGGCAGGACUGAAGUUAGACAGCACCAUACCCUGAAACCAGACCCGAUCUCCCGCUGUCCCCCCUUCAGCAUGGAGCGCUCCGGCAGCAUCCAGCUGGACAUCCCCGACUUCAGCAACUCGGUGCUGUCCCACCUGAACCAGCUGCGCGUGCAGGGCCGGCUCUGUGACAUCGUGGUCAACGUGCAGGGCCACAGCUUCCGGGCGCACAAAGUGGUGCUGGCGGCCAGCUCCCCGUACUUCCGGGACCACAUGUCUCUGGGCCAGAUGAGCACGGUGUCCCUGACGGUGAUCCGCAGCCCGCCGGUGUUCGAGCAGCUGUUGGGCUUCUGCUACACGGGCCGCCUCUGCCUGCAGCUCGCCGACAUCAUCAGCUACCUGACCGCCGCCAGCUUCCUGCAGAUGCAGCACAUCAUCGACCGCUGCACGCAGAUCCUGGAGGGCAUCCACCUGAAGAUCAGCCUGGCCGACCUGGAGGCGGAGCCAAGGAACGAGGAGGGGGGGCCGCCGCCAAGGGGAGCCAGCUCGCGGAGCGGCAGGACUCUGGAGGCCGUGGUGCGAGCCGGCGGCCUGCGGCUGCUCGGCGCCCGGGGGUCCACGGAGGCGUGCGAGGCGGUCAGCCCCGCCGAGGAGCCUCUGAGCCCGGCGCCGCUGCCGCUGGAGGGGCCCGGCGCCGCGUCCAGCAGCCGGGGGGGCCGAGAGCCGAUCCUGCGCAUCAACCGGGCCGGCCAGUGGUACGUGGAGACCAGCGGCGAGCCGGAGACCAGCGGCAGCGCCGAGGACGGCGAGCGGGUCCGGAUCAAGACGGAGAGGAUGGAGGAGUGGAUCGGAGCGGGGGGGCACCAGGGGGAGGAGGGGGGGCCGGAGGAGGAGGAGGAGGAGGGGGGCACCAUGGUGAUCGACACGUCGGGACGCAGCACGCUGCUGGCGGCGCCCGGCGGAGCGGCGGCGAGCCGCAGCGCUCAGCCGUCCUCCAGCUUCAGCGAGACGGACCGGUUCAGUCCCAGCGGCAGCGUGGUCGUCCUGUCAGAGCGCCAGAGAGCCAAAAGCGAGUCUCCGAGCCGGGCGGACGACCUGCGGCAGCCAAACUCACAGGGGGAGGAGCACGCAGCGCUGGAUAUGGGCGGCUACGAGGACUACCUGCGGGAGCAGGUGGGCGACCGCUGGUUCCGCUACAACCCGCGGCUCACCUGCAUCUACUGCUGCAAGUCCUUCAACCAGAAGGGCAGCCUGGACCGCCACAUGCGCCUGCACAUGGGCAUCACGCCGUUCGUCUGCCGCAUCUGUGGGAAGAAGUACACGCGCAAAGACCAGCUGGAGUACCACAUCAGGAAGCACACGGGCAACAAGCCCUUCCACUGCCACGUCUGUGGGAAGAGCUUCCCCUUCCAGGCCAUCCUGAACCAGCACUUCCGUAAGAACCACCCAGGCUGCGCCCCCCAGGAGGCCCACAGCGCGUCCCCCGAGACCACCACCGCCUCCGUCACGUCCCGGGGCGGCCCCAGCGACGACGCCUCGCCCAGCCAGGACGAGCCCGAAGGCAGCGGGGGGGGCCCGUACGGCGAGGGGCCCCAGGCGUCCGUCUCCACCACAGGGCCUGACUGACCCCUGAGGGGCCCCCAGGCGUCCGUCUCCACCACAGGGCCCGACUGACCCCCGAGGGGCCCCCCCAGACGCCUCGGGGUCUGAACUGAGACGUUUCUGGGCUUUAAACCACAUCUACCUUCACUAACCAAACGGACAGAUUAAGCUAAAAUGAAGAAACGCCACACACUCCAACAACCUCACGCACCUCCGGCCACUUUAUGUUACAGAUUUCUACUUUUAUAUUCCAGGUUUUACAGAUGUUACAGGUUUUACAGAUGUUACAGACAGGGCUGGGUCUAAGAAAAUCCAUUCUCUGAUUCCCAUCGGUCUCCGUUUGAAUGAUCCGAUAGAGAGAGAGGGACUAAAACAGAAGCUCUUGUACCAUUUGAAGCUGGCAGUUUUCUUUAAAGUUUUUGUCCUUUUUUUCCAACUUUUUAUUUUCCUUUUUCCAUGUUUUAAGCCCUGAGUUGGAUCUUUUAAUCUAGAUGUUGGUAUAUCUGAAACUAGACGAUCUAAGGAUCCACGUCAGGAUGAACAACGCUCCAAAGUUAGGAGACAUGUUGAAGAGGGAGAAUACAGAAGCACUCGGUCUCUUUGUGUUUUUUUGACGUGUUUGUGUCCAACAGACGUUGGCCUCGGCGUCUGAACUGAGACGUUUGUCGGCUUUAAACCUUAACUAAUCAAACGGAUCAGAUUCACACUCCAACAACCUCACGCAAAUUAGGAGAUAAUGUGGUGAUUUUUGGCGAGCCAGCCUUUUAAAGAAAAAAAGCAAGAUGAAAACGGAGGAGAAACCAGCAGGACGUGCAACCCCGAUGUUUGGUAGAAAACAACAGAAAACAAACAAACAAUGCAAGUUAAUAUUUUGGCCGGUAAAGAAAUCUGUUUGGUCGGCAAAUUUUAACCAACUUGGCCGGUGAGUCAACAGGUUAAUGUCAGACCCUGUCUGCAACUAACGUUUAGUUUCAUUUAGGGGUGUUAACGCUCAUUUAACACAAUCAGUUCCAUUUAAAUCACAGAAGAAAAGAUACUAAAAUAUGAUUUAUCUUCCAGACAUUUAACUGAAAACACAGUAUUCUUUUUUUAGUAAAAAGAAGAAAUAUAAAGACAGAAUUUAAAAAAAUAAGACUCAUCUUAAAGAUGGCAAUAUGUACUGUAUAUGUUUGGUCACUCCAACAACCUCAUGCACCUCAGCAGACUUUUUUACGGUUUGUAAUUUUUUUAUCUUUUGCGACUGUUGGACGUUUUUGUUGCUUUUCUUGUUGGAGAAUCUCUUCCAUAUUCCAUAAGUUCUACAGCUGGUAUAGUAACUCAAAUACAUCCCUGAUCCAGUGGAUCUGAAACAGAGUCGUGCUGUUAUGAAUCUGAAAGAAUGGAUACCCAGCCCUGAACAGGUUUUAGGUUCACGUGCAGCAAUCAACAGUUUGCCAAACUCCUCAGUGCCAGUUUCAACAUUUCAACAGUUUUAAUGAUUCAUAUUUGCCUCGAGACAAUCCGGAGCGGCUCGGUUUCUAAUAAUAAUAAUAAUUAUAAUAAUAAUCCUGCGCGCUCUUUAAACGCCACGUGGGCUUUAAAAACAUUUGGUUGCACAAAAACGUCAGAGAGAAGAAAACGGCUUUACGGCUGUUAAAGUUCAGUUCUGGUGUGAUCAGAGUUUCUCAUCUUUUGUGACGUUAAAACUAAUUUCUUUCCUUUUUAAAUAUCGUAGUCCUGAUUGCAGAGAGCGUCUUUAUGUCUGCAACCAGGGUCCGAAAUUAACUCUCGCCAGGCGCCAAAUCUCCCGUUUGAGGGUUAUUGGCCACAUGGUGGGUAAAUGUUUUUGCCAAAAUAGUUGUUUUUCAGUCUGUAUUUUGGGGAAGCUGCAGAUAGUUUCUUCUGUUUCUCUGCUAUCAGAGCGACAGCCAGGCAGACAGACAGACAGACAGACAGGCAGGCAGGCAGGCAGACAGACAGACAGACAGACAGACAGACAGACAGACAGACAGACAGACAAACACUGAACGCCAGCCCCUGUGUCACUUCUGUUUCCUGUUAGCUGGCGUUUAGCUCGGGCUAAUAAAUUAGGGAAGAAUGUGGUGAUUUUUGGCGAGCCAGCCAGCCUUUUAAAAGAAAAAAAGCAGGAUGAAAACGGAGGAUAAACCAGCAGGACUUGCAUCCCCGAUGUUUGGUAGAAAACAACAAAAAACAAACCAAAUUUUGGCCGGUAAAAAAAUCUGUUUGGCCGGCGAAUUUUAACCAACUCUGCCGGUGAGUCAACAUGUUAAUGUCUGACCCUGUCUGCAACUAACGUUUAGUUUCAUUUAGGGGUGUUUUCAUUAUGAUACAAUAUAAAGUGUGACACAAUACAAGACUAUAUCGUUAACGCUCCUUUAACUCAAUCAGUUCCAUUUAAAUCACAGAAAAAACAUACUAAAAUAUGAUUUAUCUUCCAGACAUUUAACUGAAAACACAGUAUUCUUUUUUUAAUAAAAAGAAUAAAUAUAAAGAUGGAAUUUCAAAAAUAAGACUCAUCUUAAAGAUGGCAAUAUGUACUGUAUAUGUUUGGUCUCUAAAAUGUGGAUCAGUGUUUCCCAAAAAGCCCUCAUGAUGACGUCCUCAAA